GUCGGCGGCCUCUGCUCGCCAUGCCGCAGGGCCCCGAGGACCCAGUACAGGUCUGGGUGGGCGGCCAGCUCUUCCAGGCCGCCCAGGCCCUGCUGGUGGAGCACUGCGGGUUCUUCCGCGGCCUCUUCCGCUCGGGCAUGCGGGAGGCGCGCGCGGCCGAGGUGCGCCUGGGCGCGCUGAGCCCGGGCGGCUUCCGCACCACGCUGCGGGUGCUGCGCGGGGAGCGGCCAGAGCUGGCGGCCGACGAGCUGCUGCAGGCGGUGGAGUGCGCCGCCUUCCUGCAGGCGCCGGCGCUGGCGCGCUUCCUGGAGCACAGCCUCACGUCGGACAACUGCGCGCUGCUGUGCGACGCGGCCGCCGCCUUCGGCCUGCGCGACGUCUUCCACAGCGCCGCGCUCUUCAUCCGCGACGGCGCGCGCGAGCUGGCGGCCGAGCUGGCGCUGCCCGAGACGCGCGCCUACGUGGCGACGCUGCGGCCCAGCAGCUUCGCGGCCGUGGGCACGCACACGCCCGCGCCCGGCUUCCUGGAGGACGCGUCGCGCACGCUAUGCUACCUGGACGAGGAGGAGGACGCGUGGCGCACGCUGGCCAUGCUGCCCCUGGAGGCCAGCACGAUGCUGGCAGGCGUGGCCACUCUGGGCAACAAGUUGUACGUCGUCGGGGGCGUGCGUGGCGCCAGCAAGGAGGUGGUGGAGCCGGGCUUCUGCUACGACCCCGAUGGCGGCACGUGGCGUGAGUUCCCUAGCCCGCACCAGCCGCGCUACGACGUGGCGCUGGUCGGCUUCGACGGCUGCCUCUACGCCAUCGGCGGCGAGUUCCAGAGGAUGCCCGUGAGCUCUGUGGAGCGCUACGACCCGGCCGCGGGCUGCUGGAGCUUCGUGGCCGACCUGCCGCAGCCAGCCGCCGGCGUGCCCUGCGCCCAGGCGCGUGGCCGUCUCUUCGUGUGCCUGUGGCGGCCGGCGGACACCACGGCCGUGGUGGAGUACGCGGCGCGGGUCGACGCCUGGCUGCCGGUGGCCGAGCUGAGGCGUCCGCAGAGCUAUGGCCACUGCAUGGUGGCCCACCGCGACAGUCUCUACGUGGUGCGCAACGGACCUUCCGACGACUUCCUGCACUGCGCCAUCGACUGCCUCAACCUGGCCACGGGCCAGUGGACGGCGCUGCCCGGCCAAUUCGUCAACAGCAAGGGAGCUCUCUUUACUGCCGUGGUGCGCGGCGACACCGUCUACACGGUCAACCGCAUGUGCACGGUGCUCUACGCCAUCGAGGGCGGCACCUGGCGGCUGCUCAGGGAGAAGGCUGGCUUCCCACGGCCCGGCUCCUUGCAGACCUUUCUGCUGAGGCUGCCCCCUGACGCCCUGGGGCCUGUGGCCUCAACGACACCAGAACUGUGACCCCUGGGCUGGCUUUAGGAGGGCAUGCCUCACGUCUUCCUUGGGCCAUGGCUGAGUGUGAAAUGUUUGCCUUAGGAGCUGCUGGGAACUUCUCUCUCCCUAUUGAGAUACCUGGUUUCAUGCCUUCUGGUGGUGUGAACAUGUCGAAGAAACUCAGGGAGCAAAGACCUGAGCUCUCAAAUCACUUGAGCUCUGCUGAGAGCUAGUGGGUCACAAUGUCAAUGAAAGGGGUACAGGGAGUUAAGAUGUGACUAACUCAGGCUUGUCUGUGAAUGGGCCAGUAAUUGAGCAUAGCUAGGAGUGGAUUAAGUGACGUUAAUCCAACUGCCAAUCAGUAGGCAAGAAUUAGGCACCUACUGUGUGCCCAGCACAGUGCGAGGCCUAAUGAGAGAUGUAGCUGCCAGGCAGGGAGGGGUCCAUGAAGCUUAGAGUCUAACCCAGAAAAACUCAAUCUUAGCAGAACAGUUACAGGACACAAAAAGGUUUACACACAUUUGUUUUGAUCCACAAAGGACUGAAGGCAACAUGCAUAAAACUUUAAAACCACUUACAAUAUAAUGAAAGUACUGAAGAAAUCAGGGCAAAGGGAAAAUAGGGAGAGGAAAAGUAUAUAACUCCAGGAAGGAGGAGAGUGUACAAAAUACAUGGAGGAGAUAGGCAGGAUACAAUUAGCUGCCAAAAGGGGAGGUUCAGACCAUGGAGAAUGAGAGCUUGAAAGAGGAGAGAGAGGGAAGGCUGGAGAAGUGGGAAGAGUCUUCGUGAGUCCAGCCUUUAAGGCAGAGCAGCUGUAGAUGGAGGCAUUUGGGGAGGGGGUGAGGCUGGGCCGACUUGUAGCAGAUAAUAACUGAGCUGAGCCUGGAGUGGGACCUGUGGGAGAGAAGGGAUUCCCCAAGCCUCUUUUGGAGAUGUGGGACCUCAGGGGAGCACCCAGGAGUUAGCCCCUUGCCCACCCCCUGUUUUUGCCAUCAUCACAGGGGCAGUGGACUGUUAACCGCCUUGAUUUCAGGUCACUCAAGGUAUGAGCCCAAUUCUGCUGCUUCUUCAGCUCUAUCCCUUCUGCAUUCUACAGGUUUGUUCUCUCCUCCUAGCCUCUGUUCCUGCCAUUCCCUGGGCCUGGAAUGCCUUUCCUGUUCCUCUGUUGCCUCUAUACCCACUGCCUCAAUGCAGGGUUGGCUGAUCCAGCUCUUAAUUUUCCUGACCUUGGCUGCCUGUGUUGCUCCUUGGCUCCCUGGCUGCAACAUCAUUCUGUGUCUGUCUAUGUGCAGUCAUGCACGUAUGCAGAUAGUAAGGGCAGAGAUCCUGUGCUGUUAGCUGGGGCAUUUCCCUGCCUGCAGAAUAAAGUGAUGAGGUCUUGAAAGAACCCAGGCUGUAGAGGCUGCUUGUUGGAGACCUACUGACCUCUGUUGUUAGGUGAGGACUCUUGUCCUCCUUUAGAAUACCCAGCCCUGGCUUCUGGGCAGAUGCCUGCCCCAGCCUCCCCCAGCCUUUGAGCAGACUUCUGAGUGGUCCUGAAUGGUCUCCAUCUUCCAGGACCUGGAGCCAUGGGAAAUCCUGGCUGAGUCAGAAGUGGAGAACACAGCACUGGCUUAGCACCUUCUGGGCAUAGAGGCUGGUGUCAGGGCUGCCCCAGCUGCCUCUUGCCCUGACAUGGUCCCAAGCCUGGAGAAUAUUGCCGUGGGAAGCCAGAGAACUUCAAGCCUUGGAAUAGCCUAAUCUGAUGAGUCACAACAAUAAACCCUGGCUUUUGCA